AUGCGGCAUGGGAAGUCACAGGGGAACCAAGACACAGCAACAUACACCACCACACCCGACCAUAACAUUCAGUUAACGGUGCAAGGCAUGGCCCAGGCCCUCCACACCGGCGAGCACCUCCAUCGCGUGAUGGGUAGUGAUGGCUGCUCCCCUGAUUGGCGGGUGCAGUUCUACGUGUUCCCCUAUGUCCACACCCAAUCGAUGUUCCAUGAGCUUAGGAAGUGUUUCUUGAAGAAGAGGGUCAUCGGCGUGAGGGAAGAGUUGCGAGUUCGAGAACGAGAUUUCAGGAACUUUCAGAAAGGGAUACUAUAUGAGCUUAUGGGGAGUGUAGAAGAUGUCCGAAAUGGAUUUUGGAUUUUCAACUCUAAAACUGUUUAA